AUGAUGCUCACUGGUAGCUGCAUGUGCGGUGGGAUUAUUUACUCUGCCGAGGUUGAAAACUAUAUUUCCGCACUCUGUCAUUGCACCGACUGUCAGAAGUGGACGGGCGGUGCAUUUACAUCGAAUGCAGUUGUUCCUCGGGCCGGGUUCAAGGUUACGACAGCAUCUUAUGACACGACUGGUGCCAGCGGAAAGGUCAAUAAGCACUUCUUUUGUCCCACAUGUGGAUCCGGUCUGUUCACAGAGCUGGAGAUCAUGCCUGAGAUGACUUGCAUCAAGGCCGGAAGUUUGGACAAUGGUGAGGCAAGCCUUGGAGGCAAAAUCGAAAUCGAGUUCUACGUCAAAGACCGUCCGCACUAUCUUCGGGCUCUUGACGGCGCCAAGCAAGAACCGGCGUUUGGCUGA